AUGCCGUCCUUCCGCCCAGCGACAAGCGCGCUUCGGAGCUUGUCCAGGACGCAGCGCCGCUCCUACGCCAGCUCAAGCUCCCCAGCUGCUCCACUGACAUCGCCCUUCGCGCCCCGACAUCUCCUCUCCAUAGCUGAUCUUACGCCGGCCGAACUCACCACGCUCGUCCGAAAUGCUGGAAAGCACAAGACCGACAUCAAGUCUGGCAAUGGCUGGCCCCACCUCUCCAGUGCGCUCGCCGGCAAGACCGUGGCCAUGACCUUCAGCAAGCGGAGUACGCGCACCAGGGUCUCCACCGAGGGUGCCAUUGCAGCAUUCGGAGGAACCCCCAUGUUCCUGGGCAAGGACGACAUUCAGUUGGGGGUCAACGAAUCCCUCUACGACACCUCGCUCGUCCUCUCCAGCAUGACUGCCGCCAUCGUGGCCCGCGUAGGCCCCCACUCCGACGUCGCAGACCUCGCAAAGCACUCCUCCGUCCCCGUCAUCAACGCCCUCUCCGACCUCUACCACCCCAUGCAGAUCAUCGCCGACUUCCUGACCAUCACCGAGAUCAACCCCUCGUCCUCAACCACCUCGCUUGGCCUCGAGGGCAUGAAGAUCGCUUGGAUCGGCGACGCAAACAACGUGCUCUUCGACCUCGCCAUCGGCGCCGUGAAGCUCGGUGUCGACAUCGCCGUCGCGACCCCCAAGGGCUACGAGAUCCCCGCCGCAAUGCGCAGCGUCAUUGAGCACGCCGCUUCCACCGCACCCCAGGGCAAGGCAGGAAAGCUGACCGAGACGACGGUCCCAGAAGAGGCUAUCAAGGGUGCGGACAUUCUCGUUACCGACACGUGGGUGUCGAUGGGCCAGGAGGAGGAGACGGCGAAGCGACUCAAGGCCUUCGAGGGCUUCCAGAUCACCUCGGAGCUUGCGCAGCGGGGCGGCGCCAAGGACAGCUGGUCGUUCAUGCACUGCCUGCCCCGGCAUCCCGAGGAGGUCAGUGACGAGGUCUUCUACGGCCCGCGCUCCGUCGUGUUUAGGGAGGCGGAGAACAGGCUGUGGAGUGCUGUCUCGGUGCUGGAGUCGUUUGUCGUGAACAAGGGGAAGAUACAGUGA